UUCUAGUACGUCGUUUGCGGCAUGUAUCGUGAGAUCUUCAGCUGAUUUGUUUUUAUCAGAGGAGAUUCAAGUUUGUAAUACCGAAAGUUCUGAGAGAAAAGUGAUAACAAAAACAAAUGAAUAACUUAAUAAGGUUACGCUCAAUAGUGCGCACAAAUAAUGCUCUUAGUGGAGCCUCACUUUGUUAUUGGACACCAUUCCAAACGAGCUUUGUGCGACACUGUUCCGCAAAAUCGACAGAAUGUGCGAAGCAGAAUCAGCUGAACAGGGUGCCGUCCAUGACCGACGAACCAAGCUCGUGGUACACCAUCUAUCACUUUCCGUCCAUCACGUUCAUGGCUUCGCUUAAAAGACUCAAGUUAUAUCCGGCAGCGCUGACUGGUGUUUCGGUUCCGGUGUGUCUUGGGCUAGCUUACGCCGACAUAUGUUCCGUCUCCACGGCACAAGUUGUUGGGUCGAUAGGUUUUAGUUCAACGCUGACUCUGCUGGCCUUCAGUUACAUCACCAGCAAUCUAGUCGGAUACAUUUAUACGGAUGAUCAACAGAGGAGAGUGAAAAUUUCAUUUUUAGAUUCUCGAGGGAAGCGCCAAAAUAGGAUAUACUCGGUUGACGAUAUAGUUCCAAGAUCGGAAUUCAAACGAUCAUGGUUGAAGCUUUAUUUUCCCAUUAAAAAUUACGAGAACGGUGAGAUAUAUAAAAUUGUUUAUCGUUACGGGAAAAUUUAUGAUGAAUGUGCGUUUCGAAAAGUGUUUGGCGAAGAAUGAUAAUUUGUAAGUAACAUUUUUAUCACUGUAUAACACCAAAAUUAUGUUAGCCAUAAAACUUUAUUUCUGCAAUUUCCAAGAUAGAUGGAUGUUCACCAAAACCUUCAUCGAAUAAUUUCUAGAGAGCGCGUUCUAUUCCAUAUUUCAACUAUCACUUCACCGGGGCAUUCUGAAUAUUUUUAAUUCCAAAUCCAUAGCGACCAUUCGGAAUUUUGUGUUUUGAUUACUUCCAAAGUGCUUGUAAGACAAAAUUACUCCAAACAACACUCGACUGUACUGAGCUUGUAAAAAUAAACAGAUUAAUAAAUAAAAAUAAAC